GACCCGGAAGCGGAAGUGGAAGAAAGUUCUAGUGUGUUGAGGUAUCGCUGGGAGCAGCCGGGUGGCGGGAGGAGCCGUUACAGAAGCCGGAGCUGCUGAUUCAGCUGAUCAAGAUGACAACCUCCCAAAAGCACCGAGACUUCGUGGCAGAGCCCAUGGGGGAAAAGCCAGUGGGGAGCCUGGCCGGGAUUGGUGAAGUCUUGGGCAAGAAGCUGGAGGAAAGGGGCUUUGACAAGGCCUAUGUGGUCCUUGGCCAGUUUCUGGUGCUAAAGAAAGAUGAAGAUCUCUUCCGGGAAUGGCUGAAGGACACAUGUGGUGCCAAUGCCAAGCAGUCCCGGGACUGCUUUGGGUGCCUUCGAGAGUGGUGCGACGCCUUUUUGUGAGGCUCACUUGGGGAGCCCCCAGCCCCUAGCCCCAGCAUCGAGUCUCCAGAGUUUGCAGCUGCAUGGGGACUCCUCCCCUGUCCUCUACAAAGGAAGAGAUUGCUGUUGUCGUACUCACUUUUGAUGUACUUCAAGGUCUUUUGGGAGUUCUCUCCCCCACCAUUUCAACUUUUUUGCAUGCAUCUCCCUUCUCCUUCCCCUGCUAGUUUCAUGUCAACAAUUAUCGGCUUUUCCGAGUGGAUUCCUGGCCCUUCCCUCACCCCCACCCCCACUGGUCUGUUUUACGCUAUUUGGCUCCUUUUUUCGGCGGAAUAGUCACUGUCCUUGUAAAGUUUUUUAAAUCAAUAAAGUCAGUGGCCUUCA